AUGCAUAGCCUUCAUCAAGAUAAUAUCAUCGACCCCCUGGGACCACGACCCCUAGAGUUAUUUUCGUUAACACAGCAAGGGGCCAAGAUUAUGGCUGCAUCAUUCACUACCCACAAAACGGUCUACCCGUCGAUUUCAGCCUCCGCUCCAGAGUUAUCUCAGAGUGGUCGCACGGUUUUGAUUACCGGAGGCUCCAAGGGAAUCGGAUUUGCCAUUGCCAGAGCCUUUGCCCAGGCGGGUGCGUUGAGAGUAAUUGUGGUGGCCCGAAACUCGGGAGAGCUUCUCGCCGUCGAGAAGCGCAUCAGAGAAGCUGUGUCGUUUCAGGGACAGGUUCUCCCCAUCACCUGCAACCUCGAUGAUAUCGGAGCAGUGCAAUCUAUGUGGGAUGGCCUGCAUGCUCAGCAGAUCAAUGUGGAUGUUCUAGUGUUGAACGCGGCGACUUCGGGUACUGAGGGUCGCAUGCUGCAAGAAUCGGAGCAACGGUGGAAACAGACUUGGGGACUAUUCGAGAUGAAUGUUAGAGCAAACCUGGUUUGUGCAGAUCGGCUUAUCAACCAGUCGAUUGAAGGAAAACCCCCAUCCCCGCGAGCCAUUCUCAACGUCUCCAGUUGCUUUCUGCACGAUAGCUCAGAUACAGUUGGGCAUGGAGCUUACGCAAGCACCAAGACCGCUCUGGCGUGUCUGUUGCAGCAUUUGGCCGCAGAGAUUCCGCGUGAGGAGGUCCAAAUUCUCAGCUUUCACCCCGGAUUCGUCUAUACUGAGGGGCUACACGAGAUCUGCGGACCGGAUGAUUAUGAUUGGGAUAGCGAUAAAUUGCCGGGUAACUUCGCCGUCUGGGCCGCCUCUGCCCAGGCUAAGUUUCUCCAUGGGCGGUUCGUCUGGGCCAGUUGGGAUGUGAAGGAAGUAGCGGACUCGAUGACGGAUAUUCUGGACCGUGAUAGGGACUAUUGGAAACUGGGAGUGAAGGGACUAUGA